AUGACCUCUCAGGCAGUUGUAUGGACUGCAGUGUGGCUGCGACAACAUCCUUCCACGUCCGAAGUGGCUGGAGCCUCGUUGGUCACCGCUGGUUUUGAAGUUCCACUCCUUGCGCUCUCCUUGUGUCUUAACCCGAGACAAUGGGUACCAAUUACGCAGACGACUAUCUCCGCGGCCCGACUUGCCUUGCUUGUCUUUGUGACAACGGCGAUUCUAUGGGAAACCAGACAGAGAAAGAAGAUAUCGGAAGAGUCGCGCCCUUUUCUAAAUGGUAAUCCCACAAGAUAUGGAGCAGCGUAUGGAAACGACUCGGAUAAUAGUAGUAUUGACUCCAGAGGCGAGAGCGACUCGGACACGGUCCAAAAUAAGACCGACGCAGCUACGCGCAGGAAAAGGCUCCGCAAUGAGAAGCUGCAGUCGAUUGGGGGCUGGUGGGAUUAUCUGAAAGGUUUCUCGAUCUUCCUACCCUAUUUGGUUCCCCGAAACCAUCUCAAAGUGCAGCUUUGCAUUGCUACCAGCAUCUUCUGUCUAGUAUGUCACCGAGCCUUGAAUAUUCUCAUUCCUCAGCAACUAGCAGAUGUUACUGACAGCAUCUUUGCCAACAAACCCCCGUAUGCUUCACUGGGAAUAUGGGCGCUGCUGCAGCUCAUCCGUGGUGGAGCUGGGUUAGGAUUGAUUGAAUCGCUCGUCAAGAUUCCGAUCAGGCAGUUCUCGUACCGUCAGAUCACCAAUGCUGCUUUCAGCCAUGUCAUGAAUCUGUCAAUGGAUUUCCAUAUCGAGAAUGACUCGGCAGAAGUCAUGAAGUCCAUCGACCAAGGUGGCGCGCUGAACAAUCUGUUGGAAGUUGCCAUUCUCGAGAUCGUUCCAACAGUGGCGGACUUGGUCAUUGCUUGUGUGGUUUUCUAUUUGAAGUUCAACGUCUACGCCUCCCUUCUGGUGGUGAUAGUCUCGAUUGCUUACGUUGCGGCAGAGGUCUUGACCUCGAACUGGAAUAUGGAUGCCAGACGUGAAGUUACGCAGACACAGCGAAACGAAACUCGCAUUAUGCAUCAGGCCGUGCAAGGCUGGCAGACUGUCACAUACUUCAACCAGUUCUCGCACGAGAGGUCUCGCUUUGGAGAAGCAGUUGAGCUGGGCUUGAAGGCUAGCGCCCGUUUCGGUCGACGCCGAGCAAUUGGCAAGUCACUCCUGGAUUUGCUCAAGCCAAUCUGCUUCGUGGGGCUCUCCUCGCUGAUAGUGCACGAGAUCUCUGUGGGACGUGCCUCUACAGGAGACUUUGUAUUUUUCAUUCAGUAUUGGUCUUCGCUGAUCUCGCCGUUGGCCUAUCUCUCGGCGCAAUACCGCUGGCUGGUCUCGGAUCUAGUUGAUGCCGAGCGGCUACUGUUCCUGUUCCAAUCGAAGCCUAGCGUCACUGACCAGGAGUAUGCCAUGCCACUGAAACCUGGCAAUGGCCGCGUUUCCUUCCACCAUGUCGACUUUGCCUAUGACUCUCGGCUACAGACCCUCACGGAUGUGGAUGUCUCGAUCGAGCCCGGGACCACCGUUGCCCUAGUCGGUAUGACAGGCUCGGGGAAGACAACAAUCCUUCGACUUCUUCUCCGACUUUACGAUGUUACUUCGGGCUAUAUCGAGAUUGACGGCCAAGACAUCCGUGACAUCACCCUCAGCUCGCUACGCCAGACUCUCGGCGUCGUCCCACAAGAUCCCGUCUUGUUCAACGCGUCUAUCAUGGAGAACUUGCGGUAUGCCCGACCCUCGGCCUCCGAUGAAGAGGUGCAUGCAGCCUGUCGUGCCGCAGCUAUUCACGAGAAAAUCCUCACUUUCGUGGACGGAUACAACACUACGGUCGGCGAGCAGGGCGUCAAAUUAUCUGGCGGUGAACUACAGCGGAUAGCCAUUGCUCGGGUGUUCCUGAAGAAGUCGCCGAUUCUCCUGCUGGAUGAAGCAACGAGUGCCGUCGACUCGAACACGGAAUCGGAUAUCCAGGUUGCAUUGGAUCGAUUGAGAGCCAAGCGAACUACGUUUGUCAUUGCGCAUCGCCUUUCCACAAUCUCCAGCGCUGAUCGGAUCCUUGUUGUGCAUGAGGGACGGGUCGUUGAAAGUGGGUCACAUCAAGAGCUGCUGCAGCAGGGUGGAAGAUAUCAGAACCUCUGGCAGAAUCAGUUUGGGGAUAUCAAAAGUGGAAAACCUGCGCCGUAA